ACAAAAUCUGAAUAUCGAUUUUUCAUCUUUGUACCUGUAUAUUUCAACUACACUGCUACAGAAAUAUGAGAAAAUGAAACUUCCUGCCGAUGAAUAGUCUAUAUGGAUAUCAAAAUGGAUUUACAAGAUUGUGACAUUAUUCUGGAUAUAUAAAGUUUGUAGUUACAUGCGGACAAUUUUUGAUACUGCAUCAUUGAAUUGAAAAAUUGUUCAUUGGUAUAUCUUAUUAUCUCACUACACGAGUAUCUGCUGUUCAAGUAUGUCAUCUGUUCUGCCUCAACAAUUCGGUGGUAGCCAUCAUUCAUAUUUUCUCAAUCAACCCACAAUUGCCAGUAUGGAUGAAUCGGUUUACAUGAAUGAAGAAAUUCAUGAAGAUGAUCUCAUUGAUAUGAUGGAUGGCAGUUAUGAUGUUACAAGACAGGAAGAAGCUGACACUCCGCCACCAAAUCAAUGGUAUCAUGGUAAACUUGAUAGAAAUAUGGCGGAGGAAAGACUGGUGGAAGCCGGAUUACAAGGUGGAUAUCUUGUGAGAGAAAGUGAUAGAAGACCUGGUUCAUAUGUUUUAUCUUUUUUCAGUAUUACUGGAAUCACUCAUUUUAGGAUACUUGCGGUGUGUGGUGAUUUCUACAUUGGCGGGCGACAGUUUGAUUCAUUAUCACAGCUUAUUGCCUAUUAUUCAUUCAAGUCUUGCUUGUUGCAGGAUGAAAUGUUGGAGGCUCCUGUCGCCCCACCAGAACCUGUUGAUGAUAGGAAAAGAGUAAAAGCUAUUUUACCUUAUCAAGCUAUACCCGGCACUGACAACGAUGAAUUAUCAUUUGAAAAGAAUGAUGUUUUCAUUGUACAAAAUGAAAUGGGCGGGGAAUGGAUAUGGGUAACAUCACUAAGAACAAAUGAAAGCGGUUGCGUUUUCAAAGGUCUUGUUAAAGAUCUCGAUCACACUGUGGAUCCUCAUGAAGGAAAGGAAUGGUUUCAUUCGAUCAUCACAAAAGAGCAAGCUUACAAUUUACUUAUGGCAUAUGACAGGGUUGGCAGUUACCUCAUACGACCCAGUGAUUCAACACCUGGUGAUUAUGUCUUAUACUUUUAUACUGGGAAAAGUAUUCAACGAUUUAAAAUUCACAGAAAACAUUAUAAUCGAUUUGAAAUGGGUGGAAGAUUGUAUAACAGCAUUGAUGAGAUUGUUCAACAUUAUAAAAACGAGCAAAUUGUACAAGACCUUUAUCUUCAACAUGCCGUCGCACAAACUGCAGAUGUAAGUCGGGAAUGCACAAAUGAUAUUUAUCAAACUAUCCAGAGAGAAGGACAAGUCGGAAGAGGAUUGUUUGAUUACAGUAACGUGGUGAAACGAGGAUUUUUAUAUCGAAAAGGUGUGGGAAAACGUGGAUAUGAGACUAAAAAGUGGAAGCACAUGUUUUUCGUAUUAGAUGGUCAAAAACAACAUCUUUAUUAUUUUGAACAUGACAAGAAAACAAAACCUAAAGGAUUGGUGGAUUUGAGCUACGGAGCAGUUUACCCCAUACAUGACAGCUACUUUGGAAGACCACAUUGCUUUCAAAUUGUUGUCCAUGCAUUGAAUGAAGUUACAGCUUCAUAUUACUGUGCUGACUCACAGGAACUUGCCCAGGAAUGGUUGAGAUUAUUGAGAGCAAAUUGUAAGAAACCCAACAGGCAACCUCUACCAAAUCCAAGGAGAGCCAGACAGGUUCGAAGUUUAUCAGUGACAAUAGAUUCAUGCAGGAAGUUACCUGGUAAAGGAAUUCGAACGUAUUGCACCUUGGCACUUAACCAGGUCAAUGUUGGCCGUACUAAAGUCAAACUUGACAAUGGACCAGUAUGGAAUGAGGAAUUCCAUUUCGACGAUAUACCACCUGACGUUGAUUCCAUCAGUGUUAGUGUUCAUAAUGCUGCAAAGAAGAAACAUCCAAUCGGCGAAACAACAGUUCAUUUCAGUAAACUAAGUGCAGGAAGACCUAUAGAUGAAUGGUACAAUCUGUCUGCUCCCACUGCAGGAACUGCUAUGCCAGGAAUCUUGGGACGUACCGAAUCAUUUUUAUCAAAUUCUUCUGCACCAGCCCAACCUGGAAGUCUUGGUUCUGUUCGAGUCAAAGCCAAGUUCACCAAUGAAUUGAUAAUGCCUGUUGAUGAAUACUUGCAGCUCAAAAGUGUAUUACUUGGGAACAUGGAAGUAAUAUUUGCUCUGGCAGACAUAUGUGGACAAGACAGAAAUUCUAUUGCUAGUGUUUUACUCAAAAUAUUCCGUGAUGAGAAGAGAGAAACAGAUUUGCUUUGUGCUCUCAAUGAAAGAGAGAUAAUGGCAGAGGAUGCAGAACCUGGCACUUUGUUUCGAGCAACUACUCUCGCAUCAACAUUGAUGGAACAAUACAUGAGAUCAACUUGUGCGAGUUUUGUUUCUCUCGCUUUAAAAGAUCUCGUCAAACAGAUCACGGAUAGUAAACAAUCAUGUGAGUUGAACCCAGCUAAACUUCCAGAAGGUAAUGAUGUUAAUGCAAAUAGAGAAUGUCUUCUCGAUCACCUGCGUGCCGCCAUUGCUUCAAUCAUACAAAGUCAAUCCAUAUUUCCUAAAGAAUUACGUUACAUUUUUGGUCAACAACAACAACUUGUACAGAGGAGAUGGAGAAAUGAUAAGAAUGUCAGAACAAGAGUUGUCAGUGGUUUUGUCUUCCUGCGUCUAUUAUGUCCUGCUAUCAUCACACCAAAGAUGUUCAACAUAAUAUCAGAAUCACCGAGCCCGGUUGCUGCUAGGAAUUUACUACUGGUAGCAAAGUCUAUACAGAAUUUGGCAAAUUUAAUAGAAUUUGGAGCAAAAGAAAGCUACAUGGGAUGCGUUAAUUCCUUUCUUAUUGAAAACAAAGUGAAGAUUGUUCAGUUUAUUGAUGAUCUUGGGAACAAAGGAACACAGAGCAAACAGUCGGGUACAGGAAGUUAUGGCAAUAAAGUUGAUAUUUCUCGAGAUCUGGCUCUUCUUCAUCAUGUAUGUAUGGAUCAUCUGCUUGAACUUCAAACCUUGUCUACAAAGAAGCCUUUUCUAAAAACUUUUCUCGGAGUAUUGGAAUUGCUCAAUCAACGACAAGUGACCUAUCUUCAAAAAUUACGAGAAGAAAGAUGAGUUCCAUUUCCUCCUGUAAUCAUGAUCAAAAAAGUGAAAUUACCAAAAAUUAUUGGUAAAAUUUGAAUGGUUCAAAGCCCUCCUCUUCAAUCGAUUUUAGGUUUUUAUUAUAUUCUUUUUUAUGCAUACCAUUUUAAGUUUAUUCUUUUUUUUGUUGGAAUAUUAUAGCCAUUGUCCAUAUUUGAGAUAACCUCGAUUUUUUCUGUAAAACAAUCUGAAUAUUCUAAAACAGUGACUCCGGAAUUGAGAGCUGACUGCAUGGAAUUUAUUGGAAAAAAUAAUUAUUGUACCAUUUUUACCCAACUACUAAAAAAUUAUGUUGACAAUGAUAUGGAACUAGAAAAAGCAUUCGUGAAUGACUCCCAGCUGACAGUCACUGUUUGAAUAUAGUGCAUUUAUAAGGAUGAAGAAAAGGAAUUUGAUAUUUUAAAAGCGCAUUAAAAAAUAAGUAAAAAAAAAUUGGGAUUUUUGACUCUCACCCGCUUCAAAUAAACUUUAACCUUUGCUCUCUCAGUAUCAAGUAUUGGCUGCUAUAACAUCAUAAUCAAUGUAUCUUUAAAUUGAAUUUAGAUUUGAUUAAACAUUAAAUUAAUUCCAUCCGUAUAAUAAACUACAUUUUUUAUUUGUGCAACUUAUCUUGAGAAAACAUAAAUUUGAUUUAAAAUAUACUCUUAUUUAUUUAAUGAAGGAGCUCAGUUCCCUCGUAAUAGAUGUUUGGCCUGAUAAUGAUUGGUCAGAGUGUAUUUGAGGGGUUUGGGCCAUCAUUUUGUAAUGCUGAGUAGAUCCCUCAGUUCAUGAGAUCAUUUACUUUUGAUAUAUUGCAAACCUUUUUUUGUUACCACAAGUGUUAUUCUUGAGCUAUACUACAACAAGAAAAUAUAUUAAAAACAAGCGAAGUUGUCUAUCCUAUGUCCCAGUAAUUUUUUAAUCUGUAUGCCUGUUUAUAAUCUCCUCUAAUUUGAAUAUUUGUUGAAUUUAUUUCAAUGAAUGAACAAAUUUCACACAAAAAUGUUUUUCCGAAAAUUUGUUUUUAAUUACAGUAAUUUCAAAUUACUUUUUUGAAUAUAAACUUCAUAUGAAUUAAAAUUAAGAAAAACCGUAAAUAUCAUCUAGCAUCUUGAAGUCUGUAGGCAGUACUUUGAAAGCGAACGAAUUUCCAUCAUGUACUGACAAAUUUUGUUUACCAUAAAUAAUACUCAAUUGAAUAUGAUUUGUGGAAAUUUUCUUUGUGAUGGCAAAAUUUAAUUUAUAUAAAUGAAAUGGGGCAUUACUACAAGUUUAAAAUUAAGUAAAUUAAGACUAAAAGUUGGUGUUUUGUGCGAGUCUAAUCAAACCCAAAGAUUCAAAAGUUUUAGUUUCAUGUCGCUUAAAUCCUAGUUUCUAAUAUUUUUAUAGCAUGGCCAUACUUCAUAAGACAAGCAAUCUUCAAUUAUAAGACUUCAAGAUAAUUACAUGCUUAUUAAAAUUUUUUAUUUCUCCAUUUUUGUGGUCCGUUUUAAGCUUUCUUCGCUGUUACUGCCUUCCUGGUAUUUUAGAGAUCAUAAUUUACACAAAAUUCUCACCGUUUCGACUGCUAUAGUGGUUUUUCUACUAUUUAUACCGUCUAGCAGGUUUACCCAACGUCCUCAAAUGUACUCAAUAUACAUCAUUUGAAAAAUUUUUAUAAAUUUCUGAAACUCCUGCAUAGUAUUUUGUCAUUGUAGUUUAUUAAGAUAAAAUAGCUUUUUAUUCGGACCAAUCCGUGAAAUCAUAUUACAAACAUGAGUAAUAGAAGCAGAAUAAUUAAACAGUUUGAAGAUUAUUGCAUUAAUUUUAAUUGAAGUCUUCAGAGCGUAAUGCACAACCCUAAUCUAAUGUAGUUUUAGUAACUCUCGAAAGUCGGUGGUUGCUCUUGCUCUGAGAUGAGUGCUCUCUACUUUUGAGUGAGUAUGUGUGACCCUGCUUUGAGCGAGUUUUCUCAAAAAAGUAGCACCAAAUAAAUACUCAAGCCUCAUUUAUUCAUGCAUGAUACUACGAUUAUAAUGCAGUACAGUAAUUACAUGUGUAAUAAUUGAGAAUUGGCCAUAGAUGAUUUGUUUGAAAGAAAUCGUAGAACAAAUAAUUGAAUUGAUUUGUCGACGCAUGUAUGCUAUUCUACAAUUUUUUCUCACUUUCAUUCACAAUUUUCACAUGCCAGAUGCUGCCUAUUAUAUUCUAAGAAAUUUAAUGAUUUUGACAUGUAGAAUCACAACAUAAAGGUGUUUCUAAUACAUAGUAAGUCCAUAUUAAAUAUUAUUUAUAUUAUUAACCUUGUUUCGUACUUUUGUUGCCAAUGUUAUCAUAUUAUUAUUAUUAUUACUCUAUAAAUUGAUAUUAUCCAGAUAUUAAACUUUUUUUUUGUUCAUAAUGUACCUUUCUCAUUCAUUGUAAAGAGCUCACUACAAUACUACAGCAUAACGUACAUAUUUACUUAUUUGUCAUUAUUAUCCUUAUUAUUUUUAAUUCUUCAAUCUAUUUUCAUGUACUUCUUUUAAUUGUCGAACAGGAUAGAUUUUGGAUCCAAAAAAUAUUAGCUUCCUACAUAUCGUUAAAUAGUUAGUACAGGGCCCUGUUCGGAGAUUGGGUAUUGUUUAAAAAGAGGAAUUCAAUAAAUAUUUGGAUUUUUAUAACAAUUGAAUUUAAUAAUGUAAGAAAAUUAUGAUGAACAUUACAUUGUUUGAUUUUUAUUUCUACAUUUUUCGAAAGGUAAUUGAAACCUACUUUUUCCCGACUGUCAGAUGCCAGUUACCCUCCACAAAUAUGAUUUUUUUGGUUUAAUUUAGGAUUCACCAUAUUGAAUAUAUAUUUUAAAAGUUAUUGAAGUUAAUUUGGUAAAAAUUUUCAUCUAGGGGUUUUGUCGUUUUCUAUAUCAGAAAAAUGAACAUUUGCAAUCUCCGGGAAGUCGGUUCAGUUCACAUCACUUUGUGAGAGUAUGUCAGUACAUUAUAGAAAAAACCUAACUUCAUUAUGAUUACCCGAAUGUAUGUAUAAUUGAUUGUUCAUUAUACCAAUCAAUAUCCGAAUGUUUUGAUUCUAUGACAUUUGAACAUUAUUAGUCAUAUUCUAUUGUUUGUCAUUUGUACAAAUGCAGCCAGUCCUCCCGAUUCUUCAUUUGUAUUAUUAUUCAUUUGCCAUAUUUAGCAUCUCAUUUGCAUAUGCUACAAGAAGUCUGCUAAAAUCUUUUCUCGAGCCAUUCUAAAUUUCAUUUUUUGGACCGAAACUAGUAAAUUGGACUCAACGAGACCAGCUCCUGACUGACGCAAAAAAUAAAUCACUUUUCCAUAUUUUGACAUUGACAAACAUUCAUUUUGUAAAGUAUGGUGAUCUCGGGAAUUCUAAAUUUGUUAAGUUUAUCCAUCCAUGGGUUUAAAAACCAUAUUAUCAUAUUUCAGGGACCAUAAGCCGUGCAUUAAAUCCUUUUUUUUCUCAAAAAUUAAUUGUGCACCUCAUAAGCAAGCCUUAUGUAUGAACAAAACCUCAAUCUAAGCAAUUUAUUGAUGGUACGUCUUAUGGUUUGUAAAAUAUGGUAUCACAAUACAAUACACUUCAGUUAUCUGUUUUCUGUCUUGCAAUGAAUAAUCAUAAAAAAAUUUAAUACUCCGAAUAUGUUGUUCCGAAUUCCAAUAUACUCCGUCCCAACAUACUAACUGUAUGUUAGUUAUUAUGAAAUGCUUUAUCAACUGACAGGAGCACACUGUGUAUUGAGAUAAGAAAAAUUCCUGAACAAAGAGCUGCUUUUGAUCAAAUUAUUUCAUGCAGUAAUUUUUCAUGUACUUGUAUUCGAUCUGUUCAACUCGUCUAUUUAUAUGCAAAAAUGUCACGAGAUAGGAAGAUGUCUGACAAAUUGAACCUUUCUAAAUCAAAGAUUGCUAUUAUUUCGUAUCGUUUAGAGAAUUUGUUAUAUUAUAAGAGACAACACUAUCUACAGGAGACUUAUUUGGAUGCUCUGAUCCUAUUACUGGAUAUUGACCAGUGGUUUCAAUUUAUGCUAAAUCAUGUAUGGACAUGUCAUUCCCAUUUCCGAGGGCAAUUUGUCUGACUCUUCAAUUAAAAUUUACACACAAUAAAUCCACUAUUUGUUUUAAGUUUUUACCUUUAAAAAAAGAGACAGGUAUCAUUUCAUAUGUUCAGAUAAUUGCUGCUAAUGUUAGCCUUGUCUGUCAGUGUCUCACCCCUAAUCUGGUCUUGUAUGCCAAAACCAUUGGACUAACGUGUAAUCUUGUCCAAGGUCUUCUAAUUAUUCAAAUUAUACUCUGUCACAAACAGCUCCAAAUGAAUUUUCUUUGACACUUUUUUCUGUUCUAUUUCAUAGCUGUUCUUGCCUUAAUGUUGCAAAUGUAAUUUAUCAUGUUAAGAAAUUUGGUUUUAUUACACCGUUUUUCAAGGGUAUGUUCGUUUGUUUUUUACUGUGAUGUGUCAUUUCCAUGGACAUUUAUUAUUACUUUACUCAGAAAAUAUAUUUACAAUCAGCA